AUGGGGCUGCUGGUGCUGGCCUGGCUAUCUGGCUGGCUGGGGCUGGCCUCAGCCUCUGAGGGGGCAGACAACAGCAGCCGGCUCUGCCAGGAGGCACCGGCAUGGAGCAUCAACGGCUUGAGCCCCAUGGAGGGGGCUAUGGGGCAGGUGACGGUGGUAGCCCUGCUGAAGGCCAGCUGACACUUCUGCCUGCAGCAGGCCCGCAGCCUCGGGGGCCUGCGGGACAGGCUGGCCUGGCAGGGCAUGGUCGAUGUCCACUACAUGAUCGUCAACGAGAAGGCGCCACUCUCCCGCGCCAUGUUCAGGGAGCUGGAGCGCCAGGCUCCCCCGGGCAUCCCCGUAUUCCAGCCAGAGCCGGAGGACCCCGAUGUCUGGCAGGUCCUUGGGGGUGACAAGGAUGACUUCCUUGUCUAUGACCGGUGCGGCCGCCUGGCUUUCCACAUCCAGCUGCCCUACAGCUUCCUCCACUUCCCCUACGUGGAGUCAGCCAUCCGCUUCACCCACAGCAAGGACUUCUGCGGCAACUGCUCGCUCUACCCCACCACCACCCAGGAGGCUAACAGCACCACGGAGGCCCCUGUAACCGUGAGCCCGCUUCCCAAACAAGAGGAGAAGGACACAGAAACCCCCAUCCACCAGCACAACCCCAUCCAUCCUCACCACCACCACGAGGUGAGCAACGAGAGAGCCACAGACCCAACUGGGGACCACGAACGUGCAACCCAUGCUCACCACCGCCACGGAGACCAUGGCCAGCCCCAUCACGAGGGGAAGAAGCAGAAGGAGGGAAAUAAGCACUAAGCCAGGCUGGGCAGCCUCACAGAACCCAGUAGUGUGCAGACCACGCCAACUCGCUUCCCAGAGGCACAAAAGGACUUGCUUUGGGCUGUUGGUCACCAGCAGCAUUGGUAUAACAACCCUUUCUAACAUCCCCCAUAUAGGUCAUACUCUCAAUGCUGUCACCAGGGAUUAAAAUCCCCCUCAGAUCCUGUGAGGUGCUGCAUUUUCAGCCCCAGGGCUCGGUUCUGAGCCUUCCUCCACUGCUGCUGUCUGCCUUCCCACGCUCCAUGAAGCCUGCCGUGCAAACCGGGAUGUCCCGGUCACUGCUGGCCGACACUGCAUGGGGCAGCAGGGCAGGGGUGGAGGGGCCAGAGCUGGGGUGGGAGCAGCACUGCUGGCAUGCUUUGCCCAUCCUUGGCACCCCUGGGUGUCCUGGAGCAAGGGGAGGGACAGAGCAUGCCCCGCAGGAUGUGAUCCAGGGUUUGGGAGCACUGGAGCAGUGGGAGGCCGCAGAUACCCAUGGUUUAAACCCUGUACCCCCAUAGCUGUCACAUUCCGGGGACCCCCUAAGCCUUGCUCACGGGUAUGUGCAGUGGUGGUGGGUGGCCGCAAGAUGGUGGCCUUGUCCCUUGGAGACCUAGGGGUCCUAGGUGUAUCCAGGACCCACAGCCCUGGGAGGACGGGGUGAGGAUGCUGGGGUCUCCUCCUGGGGGAGAUCGGAGGGUGAUGUGGAUAUCCAGAGUAUGAAUUAAAGCCUCUGUGAAGC